AGAUUUGAUUUCGAUGUGCUUUGAUUCUAAAUCACUUGCGUAGAAAACUUAAAGACUUACUCAGAGUGCUCCAUCGUGCAAAUUGAGAGCAACGGGCGCGGAGUACCUGCGUAGGGAACAACUCUUUACUCCUGGCAAGCUCUGACCUAACCCAUAGAGGCGCGCUACAAACCAACUGGGUCUGGCGGUCAAGAGCUAGUUCGCACGUCUCGUCACCCUGGAGUCCCAGGGAGCAGGGGUCGGUCCCUUCCUUCCCCGAGCUGUGCAAGGGCCGGUUGUCGGGUUGGCGGACUCCCCGCCCCUGCCGCGGUCCACGCCCCAGUCCCCGCCCGUCCCGUCGCGUCCUCUCGACCCUUUUAAGCGUGGCGGGGCGAAGACCGGGGGCAUGGUGAUCCCGGCGGUAGAGCUAGCGGCGCACCCAGCUCUCCCGAGCGCGUGCAGCUGAGCGCCCAGGCCGCGGUUCCCGGACUGGCGCUGCGGGCUCCCCGGCUCCUCGCUGCCCCCGGCACCCGGCGGGCCAUGCGCCCGGGCUAGAGCGUAGCCGCCGGCAUGCCGCUCCCGCUGCUGCUCGCCGCGCUCUGCCUCGCCGUCUCCCCGGCGCCCGCGCGCGCCUGCCAGCUGCCGUCGGAGUGGAGACCCCUGAGCGAAGGCUGCCGCGCCGAGCUGGCCGAGACCAUCGUGUAUGCCAAGGUGCUGGCGCUGCACCCCGAGGUGCCCGGCCUCUACAACUACCUGCCGUGGCAUUACCAAGCUGGAGAGGGAGGGCUCUUUUACUCCGCGGAGGUGGAGAUGCUGUGUGACCAGGCGUGGGGUAGUAUGCUGGAGGUGCCCGCCGGCUCCCGGCUCAACCUUACAGGUCUGGGCUACUUCUCCUGCCACUCCCACACGGUGGUCCAAGACUACUCCUAUUUCUUCUUUGUAAGGAUGGAUGAAAAUUACAAUCUCUUGCCACACGGAGUCAAUUUCCAAGACGCCAUCUUUCCAGACACACAGGAGAACAGAAGGAUGUUUUCCAGCCUGUUCCAGUUCGCUAACUGUUCCCAAGGGCAGCAGCUGACUACAUUCUCCAGUGACUGGGAGAUCCAGGAAGACAACAGGCUCAUGUGCUCCUCAGUGCAGAAGGCCCUGUUUGAGGAAGAGGACCAUGUCAAGAAGCUGCAGCAGAAGGUGGCCACCCUGGAGAAGCGGAACAGGCAGCUCCGAGAGCGAGUCAAGAAGGUCAAGAGGUCUCUGAGGCAGGCACGGAAGAACAGCCGCCACUUGGAGCUGGUGAACCAAAAACUCAAUGAGAAGCUGGGGGGCCCAGGUGCUCAGCAGCACGUGAAUGCUCUGGGCCGGGAGCCCGAGCGCGCCCCAUAUCGGCAUGGGUAGCAGGUGCAAGUGGAUGCAGGCCUGCCUUGGCUGUGCCGGCUGACUGAGAGGACAGACAGAUGCAGGGUCUAUAUACACACUUAUUUCAAACUAUAGGAGAUAUCCGUUAGGCAUUUGGUAGAGGUCUAACUGGGUAACGUGGCAAGUCUUGCUUUCUUUCCCCUUGGGUGCUAACCUUAAUGGCCACUUGGAGCAUGCCCUCUUUCUGCCCUGGUGCCACACAAGAGCCUUAAAACUGGAAGGCAGUAGGAUCUUGAGGCCCUCAGCCUCUAGAGAGUCCCUUCAUUGGGGAGAGAACAGUCUAGAACCUCGGUAUACACAAAGGUAUCACGGGACUUGGCUUUUAUUUCAGAAGAGAGUCAGUGUUGCGUUUCAGCCACCAGAGCUGGUACACACAUGUACUGUUCUAAAACAUUCCGGAAUGUUCUACUCUGCCCCAUGUUUUUAGAAAUGGUGUCUACAUGUAAAUGUGCAGAACACCCAUACUUCAGUCAGUAUUUCUCCCACAGCUGAAGCAUGUUAAGACUUAACGAGUUCAUUACAGGUAAGGGAACCAGGCAAGGAGCUGAGGCAGCUAGUAAUUGGUAAAGAUAAAUUAUAUCUGUUUCCCCACCCCAGCUCCCCAGAGCUGACAUGAUUACCUACAGGAUGUUUUCAUCUAAAGAGUAAUUGCUUCUAUGGACACACCGUAUUUCAUCACCCCAUAUUCCCAAAUUGGAAUCUAGCUCAGCCACUGUGGAGUCUUAACUUUGUGUUUGCUCAGCCUGCCAUGUCUUUGAGUUCAAGGUCGCUGACCCCAACACACUGAGAUUUUCUACUCUGCAAAUAAUGUCUCCCUGACUGGAGGGAUACAGUAAGCUCUAUGUUCCUACCUAGGCUCCCAAAGGGCUUUGCCCAGGUAUUCUAACCCAAGCUUCUACGCAACCCUCAAGCCUCUGCCUGUAAAUACGCAUGCGCGCGCUCUGGGCCCAGGUUCCCCAUAAAAGGUCUACGCAUACCCGAUGCAGACACUUUCUUUUAAUCAAUAAGGGUGCAGUCACUGUUCUUACCGCGGGCGGCCGUGUCAGAUCACAUCCCAGCUGUGUUAUCAAGAAGCCACCUGAGCGGCUUCCGGUUCAUCCCGUCUGAGGAUGGCUCUCCCAAUCUAAUGCCCUUCCACACUGUCCCACCAAUAGAAAGAAUCCUUCGGCUUCACACGGUCAAGCACCCAGAACCCACUCUGGACACACGAAGCUGAUAGAAGUGGUCAUUGCUGUCACACCCUUACCUUUCUGCUUGUAGGAAAUCCAGGCACCUCUGUGAGAAGUGCCUUGUACUGCCUGAGUAUUGGUGAGGGUGGGGAUAAAUCUGUGCCCUUGGCUGGACAGGGUCUGGUGGGAAAGAACUUCUCUUGUGGGACCAAUCGCCAUCCCCUCCCCCACUCGGCCUUCAAGCAGUGCUACUCAUAAUACACUACAUAGGUGUGCCCUCUCAUUAAUUCUCCCUGGGAACAUUAAACUAAAGCCGUUUUGUUACCUCCCAAGGGAAUGGUAAGCUUAGAGAUGAUAGAGCCAUGACUCAGAGAACCGUGGAAGCCACGGAGGUCUUAUGGUCUGCUUUUCCAAUAAACAUGAGCGGUGGUUCCAACGGCUGUAAAAAAAAAAAAAAAAUGAGUGUGUCUUUGGAUCGGGGAGGCUUCGGGAUUUCCAGCUUCAGCCUGGAAAAGUCAUUUAGAGCCUUUGGGGAGAUAGCUGGAGUGACCCUGGAACACUGAGGAAACUGUUCAAGCCUGAUCUUCUGCCCUUCCCUGAUGGAUGUGGCCCGAGUCUCUGCCCCCCCCCACCCCCAGGUUCACAUCCCUCAGCGCACCUGGGCUCCCGCUAUGCUGCUUCCCCAGGGACAAGCGGUAUCAUUAAUCAAUGUCUUCAGAGUGCACCAGAGUCUUGCUAAGGAGACUUCCCUGGGUCCUAUAAUCUUCUGCCUUGUCAUCUCCCCACAGCCCUUGUCAUCUCCCCACAGCCCUUGUCACCUGUUAAUCAUACCAGUGAAAUGUUUAAUGUUCCGUAAAGGGCUGACUCCAAGCAUCACUCAGAACAUGUGACACAUUUUCUCUAGUCUGUCCUAGCACCUUCUGUGAAAUGCAGGCUAUUGCUUUAUUUCCCUUCAAGGUACCAGAAGACAAAAUGAAUUUUCCCAAAUCGAUAGUAAGCAAAGAACAGGUAGACUCAUUUCCUCUUUAGCCUCAUAGAAUUUUUAAAUGAGAGUCCCCAGGAAUGUGGUGUGGACCAUGGUGAGUGUGUGGAUGAAGCUCACAGUCUGUUGAAUUUCAACGUCUUUGGUGGAUUCCCACUCGGGACACUGUCUCUGCUGUACUCUUUACUCCAAUAUAAACACCCAUUUUAAACACCGGGCUGUAUUGCAUGGUAGGACUUCAGCCUGGUAGAAGUUACUGGAAUCCUUGCAUCAGGAGCACAAGACUUAUCUCGUUGGAAGAGACAGACUGAAAUUCAAAUCACAAUGACUUCUGAUCACAUGGCUGAAUCAACGUAUUAUAGUCUGUGAGUUUUUUUGGUUUUUUUUGUUUUUUGUUUUUGUUUUUUUGUUUUUUUUUUGUUUUUUGUUUUUUACCAAAAUCAAGCACCCUAACUGGCUUGGCAGUGAACACCUAUAAUCCUACAGUUGGGAGGCAGAAGCAGGAGGAGCCUGAGUUUGAUGUCAGUCUGAGCUGUGUAACAAGACCCUGACCUCACAGCUCUCCUCUAAAAACAGUAGAGCAACCCAGUUUGUAUUAGAUUUGUUUAAACAGGACAUUUCAAUUAAUAUGAAGGAGUGAUUCCUAUUAUCCAACAGAACUGAGGUUUUGGGACAUAAAAGGUCUACAAGUGCAAACUGUACAGACAGUGAACCAACACUCAGUUCUGCCUUUGCCCCUCUCUGCCCCCGCUCAUAUGCAGAAGAGGGACAACCUCGACUCCUUGUCCUGAGAUUGGCUGGAGGACUGGGCUGUCACUCAGGUGUACCACACAGCUCUGAUAUUCUUUUAUGUCUUGGUUAUGCCUUACAUCUUUUAUUAUGGACGUCUACCAGCAAGGUCCAAUGUGUGUCGCAGUAAGGAAGUUUAUCAGACAAGGGAAAUGAGCGAGGGUGACUACAGUCAAUCACAGCACAUGCUACACAUGGAUAUAGAAGUCACGAGCCAAUGAUUUUGUACAUAAAUGUGACAUAAUCGAGCUUUUUGGAAAGAGACAAUUUGGUAGGUUCACAUUUAAUUUUCGCACUCACCCCCAUAUGAGUUUUUGGCUCUUUUCCUAUAUGCCAUAAAUCUUUUACUUAAAAAAAAAAUGCGUCUAAGCGUCUACCUUUCUUCCACACAGGGGAAUCAGCUGUUCCUCCAAAUUUACAAAGAAACUGUAACCUCAGUGUGCUCCCUCAACCCUCUCAGCUCCUUCACUCACACCAUCCAGGAUGGCUGUCUUCCUUGUCUCCCACCAUCAAGGGGAGGCCUGUUUCUGCCUCCUUGUCUCCCACCAUCAAGGGGAGGCCUGUUUCUGCCUCCUUGUCUCCCACCAUCAAGGGGAGGCCUGUUUCUGCAGGGUCAGUAAGAUUCCCCUUUCCCUGGUGAUGACAUUGUAUGUGUUGUAAACAAGCUCAGAUUCAUAUGUUGAAGGUAAAUUAGGAGUUGACGAAAUGAGAAUGCCCUUCCUAUUAUGGUAUUAACAGCUAUACAAGCAGGAAGAGAGAGAGAGAGAGAGAGAGAGAGAGAGAGAGAGAGAGAGAGAGAGAGAGCGAGCGAGCUGGCUGAGCUGGUACCAUUACAUUGUUCAAUAUAUGAUGCCCUCUACCAUGCUUUUGUGGCCACCAGAUAAUCAGUACCAUGUCCCUAGGCUUUCUAGUCUCCAGAACCCUGGGAUAAAUAAUCUUGUAUUAAUGAAUCACCAUCUUGGGUAUUUUGUUAUAACGACAGAAAAAAAAAUGAAAAUCUAAUUCCAACAUUCUUCUCUCUAACCUAAUCUUUAUUACUGGGGGUGCCUGUCUUUUCCUUCCAGACAUUUCCAGACCCUUGCACACCAUGACAUACCGAGAAGGAAACAUACCAUCCCCAAGCACAAAAGUGGCCCAGGAUGGAGUAGAACUCCCUGUACUAUCCUGGUUCUGCCCUUUAGUCCCCAGUGAACACUCUGGAUCUCUGUAAGCGCUGACUUGCAGCUUCUACCUCUCGGGGCCUCUUCAGGCUUCUGCUUUCAGGCAGCAGAUGCCAAAACUGCCUUCUCACACAUUUUCUCAAACUCUCACAAAGAAGCACCUGACUAAUGUAUCACGAAGACAUUCUUCUUCCUGUCUCACCCCCCCCCCAUCUCCCUGACCACUGCUAAAAGACUACACUAGCUUUCACCAACCAAUACUUACAAACUCUAGUAACAAAGCUGCCCUUAAUAAAGUAUCUAUAUAUGUAGUUAUCCAAGUCUAGACCAGUGGUCCCCAAUAGGACCUUCUCCUGUAACGUAAUUAGUCGCUGCUUCUAGCUUUAGAAUGUGGCUACUGCCAUGGGCUGGAGAGGUGGUUCAGCAGGUAAAGCACUGGCUGCUCUUUGAGAAGAUCUGGGUUCGAUUCCCAGCACCCACACAGCAGCUUAAACCAUCUGUAACUCCAAUUCUAGGGGAUCUGGUGCCCUCUUUUGGCUUCUGUGGGCACUGCAUACAUAUGGUCUACAGAUUUACAUGCAAGAAAAAGCUCCAUUAAUACUGAUAAGAUAAAAAUAAAAAUAAAAUUAAAAACAACGUGACGGUGUUACUAAACCCCAAAGUUUUCACUUGAGUCAUUAAUUAAAAACUUUUGUUUUAUUUUACUUUU